AUGCUCAUAACCAUUCAAUACACCUCUUUCUUCUUCUACUUGUUAUUCAUAAUAAGCACUUUUUUCCCACAAGUAUCAUAUUCUCAACCUCAAUCAGUUUAUGAUUAUUCCAUUUGCAAGGAACAUUCCUACAACUGUGAUAAUCUUUCCAGCAUCUCGUAUCCAUUCUGGGGACAUGAUCGUCCUUUUCAAUGUGGCGCAGGAGCCCCAUUUUACCUUGACUGCUACGAAAACAGCGUUACUACCAUUCUAAUAUCAUCACAGAAUUUCACAGUACUUGAUAUCAACCCCACAACUUACACCAUGAAACUCAAAAGAACAGACCUUUCUCUAAAUAUAUGUUCUCCUCAAUUUGAUGAUACUUUUUUGUCUCUACCUCUGUUUCAAAUUCAACAUCUCCCACAAUUCAAAAACAUCAACAUAUACUACAAUUGUACUUCUCCUCCAAUUCCAUCUGAAAAAUCUCUAUGCGGAUCUCAGAAUCUCGCUUUUGCUCAACUUGCCGAUGAUGACUCUAAUGCCUUUGAAGAAUCCAUGAAUUGUACGAGACGUGUUCAAGUCCCAUUAGGAGCAGGUUUUCAUAUAGAUGAUUCUUAUGGAUAUAAUUAUUUUUUUAAGCGUGAUGUUCUUGAAAAUGGCUUGGAUGAAGGGUUUGAGGUGAGUUACAGUGUGAGUGGGGAAUGUUUAGAGUGCUUGGGAAAUCAAGAAGGAGAUUGUAAGUGGAAGAAUAAUACUGAAAUUCAGAAACACGUUAUCUCCUCUUGCUAUUAUGGGAUAUGUCCAGAUGGAUCUAUGAAUUAUUCCUCACAAUGUUCUUCUAUUCACAAAAGUAUGUUUCCUUAUCUCUUUAUCUCAUAA